AUGGACAUUACGCGUCGCCGCAACUUGACAGCGACAAUCCCUUCCCCAUUGCUCAAGAACCUAAACAGAGUCGAGGACCUUGGUUGCUUCGAUGAAGAAGAAUGCCGUUUCUUCCUGCGAGAAGUUGGCGAGCGCGUCGUACCAGUCUACCCUUUCUCCUUUGGCAUGGAAGAAGUGUAUAGCUUGAUCCUCGAGCGAUACGGAUAUGCAGGGCUUCCCGAUGCGACAAGCGUACUUCAAGACCUGCUCGAGAAUGAACGAAAUGCAGCUGGUUUCGGAGACGAUGGAGACGUUUGGCGGUCAUGGCGUCACAGUUGGAGGCACCGAAAUGAUGACGCUCUCAACCCUUUCAUCCCAAAAGUGGGAAGCUUUAUCCUGCAGCAACCCACCCAGCCACACAUUCGUAAACUCAAGGCAAUGAACUUCAUCAUCAAAACUGAAAAAGCCCAAAGACGGGAGCGGGCUCGUCAAGCUGAGGAUGCUGGAAAAAGAAAGGCGUUGAUAGAUAUUUCUCCCAAUCAAAACAGAACAACCGAGUCUCCUCCUAGUGACAUCUUCACAAAGCCUCGGGAAUCGGAUGAAGAGAACGCAUAUCGACUCCCAGCAACCACAUACUCCCAUCAGAGAACUAGAGCCUUGCUGGCAUCGGAAGAUAGAUCGUCGCCGCCCUCCAAUCAAGGGAAAGCUAAGCGGCCAAGCAGGGUUAGAGAGUCGCACGCCACCCAGACAUCAGCAAGUGCCUCUUCACAACAAGAGUUCACUGAAGUGGAACCAUCCUUGCUUGAUGCAGAAAUAGACCCAGCGCUCUUGGUCUCCUUCGAGAUGCUAUCACCUGGUCAGUCAUCCUCAGAGCCACGGCCUACCCUGAGAGGUGGGCAAGGCGAAAUCCUCACUCUCCAACAGAUCGGCUCCUCUCAAGACAACCCUAGCAGCAAGGAUCUCAGUGGGGCCUCACCACCGUCGCAUAUGUUGUCAAGGGCAACCUAUGUUGGCUCUUGCGAGACUCCCUGGAGUCAAGGCAAGCCACAUUCGUCUAGUCCUGUGACUUCAGGGAAGAUCGAGCCACUUAAAGAUUCGGCCAAAGUCGAUAGGCGGGAACUUGCGGAGCACGACAAGUCAGGAGAAAAACAUCGCAAACUUUCGGACAGUCUCAAACAUUUCGCGCGCCGCCCUAUUGGUGACAGUUCCGACUUGGGCAAGAGGACACGUACUGUCAAUCGGCAAGCUAGAGUCUUUGAUGGCACAAUAUGGCAUCCAAAGGUGCGCAAGAGGCAGACAUCACAGGUCAAUCUCCCUGCCGAUGACGAAGCAGUGGUGGAAGAGAGGCGAAGGUCCGUGGUACGACGCAGCCUUACACCGGUCUGGCAGAGACGUGAUUCUUCACGCAACAGCUGGAUAGAAAUUAUGCGGAAUUUCUUUCGGACCGAGUCCGGUUGUUCUAACCAAGCAAAACAGUCCAAGGCUGAAGAUUCAAAUCUAAUUCAAACCGCAGUCCCAGAUUCAGCCACGCCCUCUCACACUCACACUGUCACCAACACUCAGUCCCCAGUUGCGCAAGAGCGAAAACUAUAUGCACUUGGGCUUGACGGAACCAUUGAUCCACGACUGAUCGUGAGAAAAUCCAGAUCUCUCAUGAAUUUCAACAAGCCAUUGCCGCUCAGCCCUGGCGAAAUUGUGCGGUCUCUCUCAACUCAUACUGAGUUUCCACGGUCUCAUCAACCUAAACUUCCAACCCUCAACAGCACUGCUACUUCAGCGGACCUCGAGUACGACUCUCAAGCUCUGACUUCACAGCGUAUUGAUCGAAAGGAAGUCCCCACCAAACACCAGCUCUCGCCUGUUCGCGAAGUCAAGAACCCGUCUGCCGCACACGCAGCCGACCCUCAAAAAGCAGGACAACCCCCACUCUCCGCAAUCACAUACUCUAGCAUCGCCAACAUGAACCCAUUCCAGGACAAUCUUAACCCGGAAGUUCCUGUCUUCCUCCCUGCUGUCUCGGCGCCAGAAGGACUCUUUGCCGUUCGCGGAAAGAUGCCAGAGCACCUUCGUGCCAUGCCAUACACCGUUCCUGAGCACAUUGCACUUUCCAUUCGUCAAGAAUUUCCAAACUUCUGUCUGCCACCACCUCGACCAGUACAACCUGAACGUCGCACCUCGAAGUCGCGGAUCUUUACUCCAAUCAAGAACCUUGUCAACAAGCGCAACAACUCGCAAGAUAUUAACCGUGAUACGCCAACACGAGGUCCUACACCGGAGAAGAAUACACGCAAGAACAGUCUACAGAAGCUUGGCUCUUUUUUGAAACAUCCCUUCGUGUCCCAAGCACCAGCAGAGGUAGAGAAAGUCGACAGCUGGAUGAAGGAGCAUGCCGAAGCCACUGCGCCGCGCACUCUCGUCUCUCUCGAUCCAGCAACUCAGGCACGCAUUCUCGGAGACGUCGAACUAAUCCUGGUAACCGCUACAAACAACUUCCUCGUCCACGAGGCCAACGCGGCACGUCUUAACCCCGAGAUUGUCAUGCGUUUCAGCUACGACUGGAGAGCCCAUGGUCUUCGUCCCGUGGUCGAGUUUCUCUACGACUGCCGCACCCAGUACCAUCUCGUAUUGGCCAAUAUGCACUCAGUCGAAUUCUCGACCACGUGCAGCCAAUCCGUCCACCUGCGCGACUCAUGCAUGCAGGUCUGGUCCACCAUCGUCGACGACGUCUCAGUGCACGCCUUCUGCCUCCCUGACGACAUCGUCGUCAAGCACCUCUACGCCCUCCCACAAGUGUUGAGGAUGCUGCGCGCCCCUCAGUCAGCGCAUCUGGCUGUCCGAGGCCUUCAGUUGAAGACCUCGGCCAAAAUUGCCGAGCGCAAGGCCUUGGGCCGAGCGCGGAAGGCCGCUCGUGGCCCAUUUGCCGUCCGCGUGCCCCAGUACGGGGACGGGCUGUUCCACCGGCGCGAUAUAAGCGUCGACUCAGAGGAGGAUGUGUUUGGCGGUCUUGAGGCCGUCGUGGCCAACAUGCCGGCGCCGGCGUCGCUUGCUGCGGCACUAGACGGACCAGGCCCCACCGUCCGCAAGGACCAUCGGGCCGGCGUCCUCUAG